GAUGCUAGUAGUCGACUGAGUCUCUGAGCGUGGUGGUCUAGUAAGUAAGUGGCUGGCCUGUUUGUGAGUGCGCGCGGUCUACUUCCAGUGCAGUCGAUGAUAUACAUACUCGCUUGGAAUAUUAGCGCGGAAUGUAUGAUAGAUUUGUGUAGCGUGACGUAUGGUGAUAGAUAGAAUUGUCUAAGUCGAUGCGUAGUGCACUUACAGUUCUCGUGCUUUUUUUUUCCGGUUGUCUGAGUGUAGGUGUGCUAACGUUUCUUCUCUUCACCGUGUUUGAACUUUCUGUGUCGUUUGCGUUUCCUCUGGUUUCUCUUUGUGUCGUAGGUACAGACAUACUCGCUCUCGAGGUGUCAAAAGAUGUCCGCACCCUCUCGAGAAAACCUGUGGGAAAUGGUAACGGCGUACCCCCCGCCGACACCGACGGGUAUGGUGCCCAUGGGUGCGACCCCGACCAUUAAGAAGUUUUUCCGUGAUGCGCACCGAAGCCUUUUGCUGGCCGCGCAAAACAAGCGGAAUUGCGCCCUGGCGGCUCGGCGGCUGCAGCAGCUCGGGCAGGAGGUACGCACGAACGCGAACCGUACCGAGGCUGCUGUCAACCAGCUCGAGGAGAACCUGUUCAAUCGCAAGGUCCGACUCUUGAAGCGCGUGAGGCCGCGCGUUGUGCAGGACUGCGAAAAGCUGAUCGCGCCGAAGUCGCUCUGGCAACAGUACGGUUCGACCAAUCGUCCCCGGGCAGACGAAGAGGCCGCAAAGCGCGCAUCCGCGAUUCAGGCACAGGGGAACACUGCUAUAGCAGACGAAAACGCUGCUCGAGACGCUGAGCUCAGGCGGUGCGAACAGUUGGCAAAUUUUCUCUUGCACGACCCGGGACCUACCAUGAGCGCUGCAGAAGUUUCGGACCCCGCCACACUAGUGCAAUGAACGAACCUGUAAUGUGAUCGAUGGUUGUAGUUCGAUUGCCAAUGUAUUCACCUAAGUGUGCCAGAAUAUAGUGGCAGGCAGGGAUGCGAGUUUCAAAUAAAUGUACUCUUCUGGGGGUUUCCUUUUCUCCGGCUUGAUCCAAAAGUGCAUAUUUCAUCGAGGUGGCAAAAUGACUUUUAUCUCGUGUUCGGCCACUUCUGAUUGAUUUCUCACUUUUUGUGGGGAUGGAGCUCACUUUUUGUGGGGAUGCACGGGGAUUAUGUAGCGAAAGCGAAAGAAUAGGAAAAGGAAUACAAGCUACGAUUGCUUUUCAGGUCUUGUGUAUUUUGUCUGAAUUAUGCUCAACAAAUGCAAUCGCAAUCGGUAAGGUUGGCUUUUUGCUGUAACGGAAUGCAGGUCUUUUCAUUUUCAUUUCUUUCCGCC